AUGGAGUGCACUUGUGGGAAGGAUAUUGGUCAGGGGAGGGGGAAGGGUGGGGGGCAAGAGACCCCUCAGGGGGGGGGGCCGCAAGAGUCCCCUCGGGGGCAGGGGGGCGCAAGAGUCCCCUCCGGGGCGGGGGGGGGGCCGCAAGAGUCCCCUCGGGGGCAGGGGGGCGCAAGAGUCCCCUCCGGGGCGGGGGGCGCCAUUGUCCCCUCGGGGGCGGGGGCCGCCAUUGUCCCCUCGGGGGCGGGGGCCGCCAUUGUCCCCUCGGGGGCGGGGGCCGCCAUUGUCCCCUCGGGGGCGGGGGCCGCCAUUGUCCCCUCGGGGGCGGGGGCCGCCAUUGUCCCCUCGGGGGCGGGGGCCGCCAUUGUCCCCUCGGGGGCGGGGGCCGCCAUUGUCCCCUCGGGGGCGGGGGCCGCCAUUGUCCCCUCGGGGGCGGGGGCCGCCAUUGUCCCCUCGGGGGCGGGGGCCGCCAUUGUCCCCUCGGGGGCGGGGGCCGCCAUUGUCCCCUCGGGGGCGGGGGCCGCCAUUGUCCCCUCGGGGGCGGGGGCCGCCAUUGUCCCCUCGGGGGCGGGGGCCGCCAUUGUCCCCUCGGGGGCGGGGGCCGCCAUUGUCCCCUCGGGGGCGGGGGGCGCCAUUGUCCCCUCGGGGGCGGGGGCGGGGGGCGCCAUUGUCCCCUCGGGGGCGGGGGCGGGGGGCGCCAUUGUCCCCUCGGGGGCGGGGGCGGGGGGGCGCCAUUGUCCCCGCGGGGGCGGGGGGGCGCCAUUGUCCCCUCGGGGGCGGGGGCGGGGGGCGCCAUUGUCCCCGCGGGGGCGGGGGGCGCCAUUGUCCCCUCGGGGGCGGGGGGCGCCAUUGUCCCUUCGGGGGCGGGGGUGGGGAGCGCAAGAGUCCCCUCAGGCGGUGGGGGCGCAAGAGUCCCCUCAGGCGGUGGGGGCGCAAGAGUCCCCUCAGGCGGUGGGGGCGCAAGAGUCCCCUCAGGCGGUGGGGGCGCAAGAGUCCCCUCAGGCGGUGGGGGCGCAAGAGUCCCCUCAGGCGGUGGGGGCGCAAGAGUCCCCUCAGGCGGUGGGGGCGCAAGAGUCCCCUCAGGCGGUGGGGGCGCAAGAGUCCCCUCAGGCGGUGGGGGCGCAAGAGUCCCCUCAGGCGGUGGGGGCGCAAGAGUCCCCUCAGGCGGUGGGGGCGCAAGAGUCCCCUCAGGCGGUGGGGGCGCAAGAGUCCCCUCAGGCGGUGGGGGCGCAAGAGUCCCCUCAGGCGGUGGGGGCGCAAGAGUCCCCUCAGGCGGUGGGGGCGCAAGAGUCCCCUCAGGCGGUGGGGGCGCAAGAGUCCCCUCAGGCGGUGGGGGCGCAAGAGUCCCCUCAGGCGGUGGGGGCGCAAGAGUCCCCUCAGGCGGUGGGGGCGCAAGAGUCCCCUCAGGCGGUGGGGGCGCAAGAGUCCCCUCAGGCGGUGGGGGCGCAAGAGUCCCCUCAGGCGGUGGGGGCGCAAGAGUCCCCUCAGGCGGUGGGGGCGCAAGAGUCCCCUCAGGCGGUGGGGGCGCAAGAGUCCCCUCAGGCGGUGGGGGCGCAAGAGUCCCCUCAGGCGGUGGGGGCGCAAGAGUCCCCUCAGGCGGUGGGGGCGCAAGAGUCCCCUCAGGCGGUGGGGGCGCAAGAGUCCCCUCAGGCGGUGGGGGCGCAAGAGUCCCCUCAGGCGGUGGGGGCGCAAGAGUCCCCUCAGGCGGUGGGGGCGCAAGAGUCCCCUCAGGCGGUGGGGGCGCAAGAGUCCCCUCAGGCGGUGGGGGCGCAAGAGUCCCCUCAGGCGGUGGGGGCGCAAGAGUCCCCUCAGGCGGUGGGGGCGCAAGAGUCCCCUCAGGCGGUGGGGGCGCAAGAGUCCCCUCAGGCGGUGGGGGCGCAAGAGUCCCCUCAGGCGGUGGGGGCGCAAGAGUCCCCUCAGGCGGUGGGGGCGCAAGAGUCCCCUCAGGCGGUGGGGGCGCAAGAGUCCCCUCAGGCGGUGGGGGCGCAAGAGUCCCCUCAGGCGGUGGGGGCCGGCCCCAUCUCGUCCAUCGAUACUGCACGGCGCGGCCGUGCCCAGGUCACGGCACGCGGCGACACGCGGCCAGCUGCGAGCGACCACACAGGUGGCGUCUCGCCGCGGGCUGCCACCGACACGAGGCCCGCGGCUGCAGGGCACGUGGCUGAAGGCCACUAG